CUGCUCUUUUGUUCUUUCUUUCUUUCUCCCCACGCCUCGCUCUCGAUCUCCUCCCUCCUUCCCUCCUCCCCUCGCGGCCCCGCCUCGUCUUCCUCUCGCUUUGCCCGCCUGGAGCCAGACUCGAUCGCAUCGCGUCACAUCCGAGGGAGGCAAAACCCUAGGCAAGAUCCCUCGCAGACCUUCCUUCCGCGGCGGAGAUGCAGGGCGGCAACCACAUGCUCCUCGAGGAGCCCGUCCGCCUCGCCUCCGUCCUCGCCCCCGCCAAGCCCAAAGUUUUCCCAUCCCUCACUAAGAUUGUUGGGACGCUUGGGCCCAACUCGCAUUCUGUCGAAGUUAUUGAAGAAUGCCUCACUGCUGGGAUGUCAGUUGCACGGUUUGAUUUCUCUUGGAAGGAUGCUACUUAUCAUCAGGAGACCCUCGACAAUCUGAGGAAAGCGGCACAGAAUGUGAAGAAGUUAUGUCCUAUAAUGCUGGAUACAGUGGGUCCAGAAAUUCAGGUUCACAAUCCAACUGGUGGAGCAAUCGAGUUGAUAGGUGGGAAUCAUGUCACAAUAACACCAGAUCUUUCUAAAGCUCCUUCGGCUGAUAUCCUACCAAUUAAAUUUGGCGAUCUUGCAAAAGUUGUAAAGAAGGGUGAUACUCUUUUCAUUGGUCAAUAUCUUUUCACAGGAAGUGAAACAACAUCUCUAUGGCUUGAAGUUAUGGAGACUUCUGGUGAAGAAGUGAUUUGUUUUGUGAAGAACACAGCUACACUGUCGGGGCCCAUUUUCACUCUACAUGUUUCACAAGUACAUAUCAGUAUGCCCACUUUGAGUGAAUAUGAUAAACAGGUCAUAUCAACAUGGGGGUUGGAUAACAGUGUUGACAUUAUAUCGCUUUCCCAUACCCGCUCUUCUGAGGAUGUCAGGGAGCUUAGAGCCUUUUUACAAUCUCAUAAUCUUCAAGACACACAGAUAUAUGCGAAGAUUGAAAAUGCCGAGGGUUUGGAACAUUUUGAUGAAAUUCUCCAAGAGGCGGAUGGUAUCAUUAUAUCUCGAGGAGACCUGGGAAUCGACCUCCCACCAGAGAGGGUGUUCAUGUCCCAAAAGACUGGUAUUCAUAAAUGCAACAUGGCCGGCAAACCUGUGAUCAUUACCAGAGUUGUGGACAGCAUGAUUGACAAUCUUCGCCCUACUCGCGCAGAAGCGACUGAUGUUGCAAAUGCCGUCCUAGAUGGAACUGAUGGUAUUUUGCUUGGUGCGGAGACACUCCGAGGGCAGUAUCCUGUUGACGCCGUGAGUACUGUGGGCAGAAUAUGCGCAGAAGCUGAGACCGUGUAUAACCAGUCGCUUCACUUCAAGAAAGUAGUGAGGCAUGUAGGUGAACCAAUGGCCCAUGAAGAAUCUGUGGCAUCAUCAGCGGUUCGUUCUGCAAUGAAAGUAAAAGCUGCUGCGAUUGUUGUGUUCACCUUCUCAGGGAGAGCUGCCAGGUUAGUUGCUAAAUACAGGCCACCAAUGCCAGUUUUAGCAGUUGUGUUCCCACGCGAGGGCUCUGAUCCAUCAAAGUGGCGUUCUUAUGGCACAACGCAGGCGAGGCAAUGUUUUUCUGUGAGAGGUGUGUACCCUUUGAUGGGGAGUACUGACGAGGCUGAAACCGGUGGGCUCACCAAAGAAGCAUACGGGAUAAAACUUGCACUAAACUAUGGCCGGUCAGUCGGCAUAAUAAAGCCAUACGACAGGGUGAUUAUUUUUGAAAAGAUCGGUGAUUCUUCUGUUGUCAAGAUCAUCGAGUGCGACGAUUCUGAAAGAUGAAAGGCUGUUUCUCAGGCAACAGUCUCAACUACACGCUUGAGUUUCCCUCCUCCUUUUGUUCUCCAUUCACUUUGACCAGAGAUAAAGAGUAGUACAGCACGACAAGGUUGUCCUGUUUAGCACUUUGGCACUUUAGGUUUAUAUAUAUACUUGUUGCCCUAAUAAGGUGAAGAGAACUUCUCAGACACUCGAACAUCCAAGUUUUUGACAAAAUUAUAGGAUUGUUGAGAUAAUAACUAUGAGUGAUUCCUAGCCUGUAUUUCGCGUUACAUUAUACGCUGUAUGAGACAUAUAAUCUGCUAUACCUUGCAUAUACUA